AAAAGUAUGUUUGUGUGAAAAAUACCUAAAGACCAGAAGGUUUAUAUGAUGCCAAAUUGUGUUAUUUUAUAAAUGUUUAUAGAAAGAUGUAAACAAAAAAGUGCAGUUCUGUGAAAUAAUGUAUUUUCCUUUAUGUGUUAAUUUCUUUUAUUUAUAAUCUCAGAUAAUUCCAAGUUUUUAUUUGAAUUAAAAUUUGAGGAGAGCAAUAAAAAAAUAUCAAGAUGAUGCAAAGAAGAGGAGGUAAGCGGAUUCGCAUGGACGAUCCAGUGCCUCCAGAAUAUGAGCCACCAAUGACUCCAAUGACCCCAAUGACUGAUAAUUCUGGAAGCGAGGCUCAAGAUACAACUUACACCCCUUUCACUCCUUAUCAUCAAUCUUCUCAAACUCCAGUUCAUAAUCCAACGCCAGAGCAUUAUUCUUCGGAAGGGUACAGUUCGCCUGGAUUAUCGCAGCCUCUGUAUCAGGAGCAGUCUUCGAAUUUUGAUAAUGUAGCACAAUUUGAGCAACCAAUGACUCCAGUGACGCCUGCAAAUAUGAGGAUCACUCGCAAUACUCGUGCUCGACUUCGUGGUGGACCAAUUCAACAACCCAAAUACAAAGAAAUUGAUACCGACUAUAUUCCAACGACAUCUACAAGAGGAAGAGGCGGAGGUCGUGGUCGAGGGAGACGAGUGUAUCAAACACAGUCUUUGGAAGAUGAAGCCAGUUUAUACUUUGUUAUUAAAAAUAACCGUUCGUCUCUCACUAAUAUUGUCGACGACUGGAUUGAAAAGUACAAAGUGAAUAGGGAAAAUGCUCUUUUGAUGUUGAUGCAGUUUUUCAUCAACGCCAGUGGUUGUAAGGGACGUAUUACUUCUGACAUGCAAACUUCAAUGGAACAUGUACAAAUUAUUCGAAAAAUGACCGAAGAAUUCGACGAAGAAAGUGGAGAAUACCCAUUGAUAAUGGCAGGACAACAGUGGAAAAAGUUUCGAACGAAUUUUUGCGAGUUUGUACAAAUUUUAGUUCGUCAAUGUCAAUAUUCGAUAAUUUAUGAUCAGUUUCUCAUGGAUAAUGUGAUUUCUCUUUUGACUGGUCUUUCUGAUUCUCAAGUGAGAGCUUUCAGACAUACUGCUACACUUGCGGCUAUGAAGCUUAUGACAGCUUUGGUGGAUGUUGCCUUAACAGUGUCUAUAAAUUUAGACAAUACACAACGACAGUACGAGGCGGAAAGACAGAAAGCAAGAGAGAAGCGUGCAGCUGACAGACUUGAAUCACUCAUGUCAAAGCGAAAGGAGCUCGAGGAGAAUAUGGACGAAAUUAAAAAUAUGCUUACAUAUAUGUUCAAAUCUGUAUUUGUUCAUCGUUAUCGAGAUACUCUUCCUGAAAUUCGGGCUAUUUGCAUGGCUGAAAUUGGUGUUUGGAUGAAGAAGUUUCAUCAAAACUUUCUUGAUGAUUCCUAUUUAAAGUACAUAGGAUGGACACUCCACGAUAAAGUUGGAGAAGUCAGAUUGAAAUGUCUUCAAGCACUACAACCGCUUUAUGCUUCAGAAGAAUUGAAAACAAAACUAGAGCUUUUCACUAGUAAAUUCAAAGAUCGAAUAGUGAACAUGACUCUUGACAAGGAGUACGACGUAGCAGUGCAAGCGGUGAAGCUCGUGAUUUCCAUUCUGAAGCAUCAUCGUGAAAUUCUCACCGACAAAGAUUGCGAACACGUCUAUGAACUUGUGUAUUCAUCGCAUCGUGCAGUGGCUCAAGCAGCUGGUGAAUUUUUGAAUGAACGUCUGUUCACCCCAGACGAUGAAGCUCUCGCUGGAAUUAAAACGAAACGAGGCAAGAAGCGCUUGCCAAAUACUCCCCUAAUUCGAGAUCUGGUUUUGUUUUUCAUCGAAUCUGAACUUCAUGAGCACGGCGCUUAUUUGGUCGAUUCCCUGAUCGAAACGAAUCAGAUGAUGAAGGAUUGGGAAUGUAUGACUGAUUUGCUGCUCGAGGAGGCUGGACCCGAGGAAGAGGCGUUGGAUAAUCAGAAGGAAACGUCUCUUAUUGAACUGAUGGUUUGUUGCAUAAAACAAGCAGCUACAGGUGAGGCCCCAGUUGGCAGAGGACCAACUCGUAAAAUCUUGUCCGUGAAAGAAUUGAAACAAGUUCAGGAGGACAAACAAAGGCUCACCGAACACUUUAUUCAAACAUUGCCCUUAUUAUUGGACAAUUACAGUGCCGAUCCUGAGAAACUUGCCAAUCUUUUGGCUAUUCCGCAAUAUUUUGACCUCGAUAUUUACACUAAAUCGAGACAAGAGCAAAAUUUAAAUUCACUCUUGAAUAAGAUUCAAACAAUAGUGGAAAAGGUGCAUGAUAUUGAAGUUCUCGAUACAGCUGCAAGAACGCUGGAGUACAUGUGUGUUGAGGGACAUGCCAUAUUCACAAGAUGUGACAUUGCUCGUUCCACAUUGAUUGAUGCGAUAGUAAACAAAUACAAAGGGACAAUUGAAGAAUACAGAGCAACCGUCGAUGGUAAUGAAGAGCCUGAUGAAGACGAUUUAUUUAACGUCACUCAAUCCCUGAAGAAAGUUGCUACAUUUUACAGUAGUCACAAUAUGAAUCCUUGGGAAAUAUGGGACUCGCUUUUUAAGGACAUCGUGGAUGCUUUUCCAAAAACUGAUGAUUCACGAAAGGGUUUACUUCCCGAAGAGGCAAUUAAAUAUUGCAUAACAGCUUGUUACUUUUCAAUUCUAUGGGGUCAACAUCAUCUCACGGAGACUAUUGAUUCCGGUGCUCGAGGUGAAGAGGAUUGUCGGCGCUUGAAAGAUCGUUUGAAUUCCUUCAUGGGACUGAUGCGUAAUUUUGUUGUUGGCCACAACAACAAUGGUCCAAUACCAGUGAUUCUUCGAGAAGAUGCCUACACAGUCAUUUGUGAUUUGCUGGUAGUGUUCUGCAAUCAGUUAUUAUCGAAUCACAAUCCUUUGAUGCAUGAAUUAGUCUACGAACCGGAUCACGCGAUGCAAAGCAUGCUAAAUAAUUUCGUACAGGAAUUCGUCUUUGUUGAGGAAGAAGACGAAGAACUAGAUGAACAUUCAAAGAUUGAAGAGCUUCAUAAAAGAAGAAAUUUCCUCGCUAGCUACUGUAAACUUAUAGUUUAUAACAUGAUUCCCACGAAAGCAGCUGCAGAUGUUUUCAAACAUUAUGUAAAAUACUACAAUGACUACGGAGAUAUUAUCAAAACAACUUUAGGAAAAGCAAGGGAUAUAAAUAAAACCAACUGUGCACUUACAAUGCAGCACAGUUUGAAUAUUCUUUACAACGAAAUUAUGGCCGAAAAGGGCAAGAUUAACAGGAAUAGCGACGAAUUUACUGCAAUAAAGGAAUUGGCAAAACGAUUUGCUUUAUCUUUUGGCCUUGACGCUGUGAAGAAUCGAGAAGCUAUCGCCUCUCUGCACAGGGCGGGAGUUCUUUUUGCCAUAACCCCUCCAGAUGGUGUUGAACUGGACCCAACGGGACCACCACCAAAUCUUUCUUUCCUUGAAAUCCUUUCGGAAUUUACGAAUAAGCUGCUCAAGCAGGAUAAAAGGGUUGUAUUAAAUUUCAUGGAUGGUCGUCUCCACGCUGGAAUGCCUUCCUCGAAAACAGAGGACUGGCAGCCUUUGUUACUGUAUAGAAACAGUUUAUUACACGGUGAUACUGAUCAAGUGCCUGUAACUAGUAAACGUGCUUACACACGACGCAAAAAGGAUCAUGCAGACGAAGAUGAAGGUGACGAUAAUGACGAUGGAUCCGACCAUGAGUUUAUAGGCAAGCCGAAGAAGAAGAGGGGACCUAGAAAAAAUCAAUUAUCGGGGACAAAAUCAAUUCUACCACGUGGUAUUAAAUUGUCUAAUUAUUUUGAAACGAAUGAUUCACAUGGAAAAGAAAAUGAGAAUUCUCCCACACAUUCAAUUGAAGAUUCGCCAUCAAAUCCGUCUCAAGAAAUAGAUAAUAGGCUUAAAAGUUUGCACAUUCAGCCUAGAACGCGAAAAAGUGCAGAUCAGGCGGAACCCAGGGAACUGAGAAGGACAGCUAGAAAUUCGGGCCGCUACGUCCAAGGUCAAUAUAUGGAGUCAGAUUCUGAAUGAGAAUAGAAAAAGGUUCUACAUUUACGCUAACAAGAGACUGACUGUAUCAAAGAGUGAAGAGCGCUUUUUUCUUUAUAAAGCAAAAUACAAAAAAUUCUGGUUGCACAAAUCUCCUUUUAAAUGUGAUUUAAUAUUAGGAUAAAAACUAAACUUCCAUAUUUCUUUAAUACAAUUUUUAAAAAGUUUAAUAGACCUUACGUGUGCAAUCGGAUGCGAAGAAUUCGUUUUAGUUUGUUCUUUUUUUUUUGUUACAUAUGUUUAUUCGUAUUAGCUUUUUUUAUUAUACGAUAAGGUUACAUUUUAAAUUAUAAUUAAAAACAAAAGAUAUUAUUAGUAAGUUCUAAGCCAUUACAUAUUGUGUAAAGAUUUUUUUUUCAUUACAAAAUAAUCACUUUGUAACACUGUUAUCAUCGACUAUUGUUUAUAAAACUAACUCGACUAUAAUGUGUAAUAUUUAAGUAUCUCAAUAAUUUCUACUUUAAAUUAUUAUAAAUUCUUACAGGAGAAAAAUUAUAUCUUUCAAAAUAUUUCUAACAUAAAUAUUAAUCUUUCUUUUCGAAAAUUAUGUUUCGUGGACAGUUUCAAGGAAAUCCUCCUUUUUUUUCUUCUUAUGCACUCUUUAUUUGUAGUUUUAUGGAUAAGUUACGAAAUUUUAUAAUCCGCUUGUUUUCCAUAGCCAAUGUAUGGUGCAUAGAGUGUAAUAUAUUUUAAUUAAGUCAAUGGCUAAUGAAACUCUGCAAUUUUCAAAAUUGAUUUUAUAAAAGUAAAUUAGUUUUUAUUUUAAUGGAGAAUUUUGUGCGGAGUUUUAGUUCCCAGGGACUCAAUUAAUUUAUAACUAAAUUUAAGGUGAGAUCGAGAUUUUGUUUUAUACUUAUUUUAAAUUUAUCUUAUAGUUAUUAUUUAUUUUAUAAUUGUGAAACGCAAUUGUAUGUUUAGAGAAAACGUAAUAACCGAAUGAUUCAAAAUAUUCGUUUUUUUUCGAUAGAAUCAAAGAAAGGAGCAUUUCAUUUAUUUAUAUUCUUAACUACUUUGGUUGUGAUAUGAUUACUUUUCUUAAUCAGUCCAUUUUCAAUAUUUCAAUAAAAAGCUCUUAAAAAUGUUGA